AUGAGAAUUCGAAUAGUGUAUAGAGGUCUCGCGUAUUCGUGCUGCCGCAGUCGAGCAACGGCGGCACCAUCGGGGGGAACUCAAGGAGUUGAAGGACGUCUUCCACCAUUCAUUGCUCAUCCACCGCAACAACAACACCAGUUUGAUGAGUCAAGUUCAAGCCAGCCGCAAACUUCCAUUUCGAUAACUGACCCCUAUGUAAUCUACCAAAACUAUAUCUCGCUGGGUCUACUCGAGAAAAACGAGUCUCAGGUUCGAGUGAUGAAGGAGUUUCAACGGUUAUAUCAUCGGGUGAUAGAUUACACACCUCCAGAGGAAAUGUCGAUAAAGCUAAGUUUACUACUCCGGGAGAUCGAAGUUAAGGAAAGUAAUCAACGUCGGUAUAAUCAAUCCCCGUUGCGAUAUUUCCAAGCAUCACCUGAAAGGGCCAAGAAAUCCAUUAUCAAGUACAUGACAGAUGAAGAAGAGUUGGCGAAUUUCCCCUCGCCGCAAGGGCUCCUAGUCAAUGGAGAUGUCGGGCUGGGCAAAUCGUUGUUGAUGGACAUUUUCGCUUCGUCGUUGCCUCACAAGUCCAAAAUGCGAUGGCAUUAUAACAAUUUCAUCCUCUGGGUGUUUAAUGAGAUGCACAUGAUUCAACAACAUCGAUUCAACAAGACUUUUCAUCGGCACCAACUGGGCCAAUUAGAAGCUGGAUCCCAAUACACGAUGGAGAAUGAGUUUGUCUUGUACGAAGUUGCUCAAAAGAUGAUUGACAAAAACACGGUGUUGAUGUUGGAUGAAUUUGUUCUACCUGAUAUCGCCAGUGCCAACAUAAUCAAGAUUUUGUUCACCUUUUAUUUCAAACUAGGCGGGGUCUUGGUUGCCACGUCAAAUAAAUUGCCCGAGGAGCUUUAUUCCACCCAGUUCCACAAACGGAAGUUCAAGAGCUUUGUUGGGAUUUUGAACUCGCGAUGUCAUUCAAUCGACAUGAAAUCGGACAAGGACUAUCGGAUUUUUUUCGCUCUGGAAUCUACUCAAGAACCCUAUUUGGUGAUUAAAAAGGACAACGAACAGCACGAUUUGCAGUGGGAUAAAUUGGUCAAGAGAAAAGCAUUGGGCAUCGCUCGAGAUUCGCCGUUGAUGAAACAGCCGCUUGCAUCAUUGGGGCAACCUUCCAAAGUGACUGUUUAUAAUAGAACUACAAACAUCCCGCUUACGUUCAACGACAAGAGCGUAUGUUAUCUUGACUUUGCCGAUAUCUGUCAAGGUUUAACUUCAUCUUCGGAUUACAUCACCAUUGCAUCAACGUAUCCAACGAUUAUACUCGAUAAUGUGCCCGUGAUGACCACCAAGAUGAAGAAUGAGGCGCGGAGGUUCAUCACGUUGUUAGAUGCAAUCUACGAGGCCAAAUGCCAGUUUUUCAUGAGGGCUCAAGCCGAUGUUGACUAUUUGUUUUUCCCCGAUGCAUUGAAACUGGAUGAUAAACAAUUCUUGGAGUAUCUCAAACAGCAUUUGAAGUAUGAAGGUAAUGACGAUAGACUAGAGGUUCAAGACGAAGAGAUGUUUGCCAAAACUUCAAUAGCCAUGAUGAACCCGUACCGACCAAACGUGGCCUCCUAUGACCAAGCUAACACUGAAGCUUAUAGCGAAGAAAAAGAAAUGAGGCAAGAAGGAGCCGCCAAAAAAAUGAAAGGGAGCAGCAAUUAUGGCGACUUUAAGGCAUUCACUGGGGACGACGAGAAAUUUGCAUUCAAGAGAGCCGUGUCCAGGAUUAAGGAAAUGGUUGGCUCCGAUUUGUGGCGCCAGUACAACCGAUGGGUUCCAAUCGACGACUCGAUGAGACCCUGGGAAAAAAUAACCAAGAACAAGCCGGUCAAAAUAACCACCACCACCAUCACGAAAACCACUGAUGAUGGUGAUGCUGCCAAAUUGGACACUCUACUUGAAUCCAAAUCCAUCAAGGAAAUCACCAAAGAGAUGAGUGGGACUUUACCCAGACAGUUUUCUCAAAACGAAAAAAUCCCUUUUAGAUUGUUCAACGCGAGAAUUGCGCCCAUUUUCAACAACUUGCUGCACUUCUGGGCAAUGGGGCCCUGGACUAACGACCAGGGCAAGAGAUUGAAAGACGGUAUAAGUAAAACUUGGAUUAGAUCUGGCGUAAGAAACGAUGAGUAG